AUGAGCCCCACGAAGAAGUCGUGCAUGUCUCCUGCGGAGAAAGCGCCGUCAGCGCCCGUCCGGCCCGGCCCGGCCCCCUCCGCGCUGUGCUCUCCGCGGGGCCCCGCCUCGGUUCCGCUGCGGGGCCGGGCGCGGUGCGAGGCGGGCAGCACUUACGCUUCUGAGGAGGCGCGGGCGCCGGGGGACCUGCGGGAGACAGAAACGGUAGCUGCAGAAGAGCGGCGACGGCGGCCCCCGGGCUGCCCCGGGAUCUCCAGAGCAGCGGCUCCGGGCCGGGACCCCUCUGCGGGAAGCGGAGCGGUGAGCGGAGCCGCGCGGUGCCACCCCCGAGCCCCGACGGUGCGGCCGUACCUGGGAGCGCGGCGCGGAGCCCGGCGGGGCGGAGAGGGCAAGCGGCAGCGCCAGGGCGAGCACGGCCAGCAGCGCGCGGCUCCGCAUCGUCCUACGGGGAUUGUGGGUCGGGGGGCGUGA